CCCCACACCUUAUGAUUACCGUUCCCCGAAAUGCGACCCCUAUCGGGGUCAGUAGGUCGUAACAAUGGCGCCGCACCUGUCAAACGAUCUUUCCUGACCAAUAACCCAGUUCGACCCCCGCCUCCAUUCGUCCAUUCGUCGUUUUGUCGUCCGGGAGAGUGUUUUCACGUGUGUUGGAUUUCAUUUCUCCAGUAUGCGAUGAGACCAGAUCGCUGGUGUUUGCCCUUUAGAAACCCAUCAGUUAUGCAGGUGAAAUACUUUCUUCUCGUAUUGUGCGCGUGUAUUGUGUCUUGCAUCCGAGGCAUGCCGACAAGUACGAUCACGGAAACGACAGUGUAUUUUUAUAACGAAACAAAGGCUUUUGAAGAAAACACAACUUGGACAGAGGAUACUACACCAGCAACAGAAAGUACUCGAAGUUCAAAGCUUGAAACAGAAAAGGGUGAUGAAAGUGAAUUUGAAACGGAAGGAAAUGCAGCAAUUUUAUAUUCUGCACAGUUUCAGACCAUGCAAUCAAAGAUGCAGUGUGGCAGGCGAUAUGCAAGAAGAGGAAGAAUCGUCGGCGGCAAAGAAGCUUAUGAAGGAGAAUUCCCAUGGGCGGUUUCUGUACGGCUACUAACGACUCAUUAUUGCGGUGGUGUCAUUAUCAAUAAAUACUGGGUAUUAACAGCCGCUCAUUGCGUCAAAAGGUACAGUGCUCGAUAUUUUCGGAUCCGUACAGGUGAUAUUGACGUUAGCAUAGAUGCCAGUAUUCGUGGUAAGGAUAUUUACGUAGAUGAAGUAUCAGUUCAUCCAGAAUUUGGAAAUCCUCGCCGAUAUAGCAAUGACCUGGCUCUUCUGAAGAUGAGGACUCCGCUCACUUUUGACAUAUACGCACAACCCAUUUGUUUGCCACCUCCAGAUCAAAGGCUAGAGGGGCGAAAUGCAACCGUAGUUGGAUGGGGCUGGCUAAAUGAAAUUGACAAAGUUAAGGCUAAACGGCUGCAAAAAGUUGAAGUCCCCAUCUUGAAUAACUCCAUCUGUGCGAAAUGGUAUUCGGAUGAAUAUGAUGGAUAUGUUCAAAUACAUGAUUAUCAGAUCUGUGCAGGAUACAAAGAAGGAGGCAGAGAUGCUUGUCAAGGAGACAGCGGAGGACCUUUGAUUAUGAAAGAUGGGAAGACAUUCAGCAUCAUUGGUAUCGUAUCGGCUGGUGUCGGAUGUGCCCGAAAACAGCUUCCCGGUAUCUACUCUAGAGUGUCUGUAUUCGUAAACUGGAUUCAAAAAGUCGCAGGAAAUAGUCUUUAGGAAUGAUCACUCUGAAUGUGCGUCUUGGAAUACUCGAAAUUUAAGAUGAAAAUGCAUUACAGUUAUACAUUCUUAAAUUACCAAUCUUUCUUGACGCGAAUGAACAAAGAAAUGUUAUUCACGAGAAAAUUUGUAUUUCAGCAUGUUGAAGGAAGAUGAAAAAAACUUUCAUAAAUGCUAAGAGGUGUUGCAAAACUUAUUUUACGCAAAUAACCAGUAUUUUAACCUCUGGUAAGCAUUAUGUUAACUGAAUGGUUUUAUCUGCACACUUCAUCAGAUAUUUAGUGCGAAGGUUAUAUCCUGUGGUAGACUUUUCAAUAUAUUGACAGUCAUAGUUUGGACUCUCAGUAUGCAUAUUGUACUUAUCCGCCAAAGAUUUUCAGUCACCAGUUCAUUUGAAAUUAGUGAUAAAUUAGAAACAUCUUAAGUAGAUACUUUUUUUAAACAGGAAUAAAAAUUAAUAAUAGCAAAACGUUAGUAAAUUCGAAUCUACUGAGUAGAUAAUGUAACAAAUUUAAAGAUAUAUAUAUAUAUAUAGAUAUAUAUAUUAGUUAAAUUUGAUUCCUUUCAUAGAAAGAUCUUGCAUAUAAUGUAAAAUCUACAACAAUGGUGCGUUUGAAAAUCAUUAUCAAAUGUUAAAGUAAUGCUAAAUCAUAUCGAAUUAAGACUUCUGCAUAAUAAUGCUUUUUUAUAUAUUUUGAAGUGAUAUUAAAACAUUAAAAAAAUCUUAAAAAUAAAAAGACUGAUGUACAUGAGAAUAUGCACAAAUUAAUAGUUUUGGCUUGCGAUACCGACGAUAUGUUUAGUUCGUUUAUUAUAUCUUUUUUUAUUUAGCAUCUCAAAUGCUUGAAAAUUGUUUCAUAAAAUUAUAACUUGAUGAACGCAUUUUAUACUAUUGUCAUAUUUUCUGUCGGUAAGGUUUUAAUUAUUUUUCUUAUUUCAAAGAAAGUGCACAGGAAGUAAUUUGUUUUAUAAAUUCUAAACGAUUCCUUGGUUGAUCCAAUGAUGAAUUGCUGACAAGAGAGGUUUCAGAAAUCAGCUAAUUGUCUAUGUAAUAUUACCUAUUAAAUGUUGUAAUUAAGAUUACCUAAAUUUUCCUCAUGGAAUACUUGAGCUUAGUGAUUAAACAUGUAUGAUAAUUACUCAUUAGACUGUUUACUGUUUGAAUGUUUUAGUACAAUAUAUGCACUACCGUGAAAGAGUUCUAAAUGACAGCAUUUGAAAAGAUAUUAUAAAAUAUCUCAUUUGAUGAGAUCCCUUUUAGUCAUAUUUAUAAUUUCAUUUAUUUCCUACGAAUAAUUUUAGUCAUUUAUAAAUAACUUUAUAUUACUAUGAAUCUUAGCCUGUUUAAUGUUUACUCUAAUUUAUGUAAUGUUUACUCUAAUUUAGUUGUGUCCAAAUAUGGUAAACAGAUUGUAUGUUUUUUGCAAAUAAUGAAAAUUAAGACCUCUUUUGUGUAUAAUAGUUUUAAAAAAAUUAUUCCAAUGAUAGUAGUACUUCAUCCUGUUUAAAAAUGGAAAUCAUGUUAACAUUUUUUUAUAAAAUGUGUUAUAAAUAAAAAUUUUUAAAUUAA